UGGGUAAUCAUGACAUGAGAAAAAUAUUGAGCAGCAAUUCGUAUUUGUUCGCAGUCAAUAGAACAUUAUCAACGUGAUCUAAUCCAGAACUUGCUUUAAUUUUUAUUUGAGAUUUGGUAAAUCACAAUGGAAAAAGGUGCAUCAACGUCAGACAAAUCCGAGUCUAAUCGAGCGAAGGAGCAACAAAAUCCAUCGGGACCAACAUCAAUUCCACAAUCUCCAGCUAAAAGACGUAAGGAAGUCACAAACGAAGACGAUGAUUAUGUUGUACAGCAAUCGUCCUCUACUCAUGAGCCACAAUACUUCAUGUUGUUAGAGGAAGUGUAUCAAAGCAACAAGUUGCCAUUGUCACUUGAGCGUCUAUUACACAACUUAUGUCAAAGCAACAUAAAAGCGCCUACUGAGUUCCUGAUAGCUGUCGUCUAUUAUUUAUUCCUUGAAUCCGGAUUUGGUCCCGCAACACUACCAGCUGAACUGAAAUCGAAGAUACAUGUGCACUGGGGCUAUAGUUUUGUCGCACAAAUUCCCGAUUACUCAUGGAAAAUUGCAGCCAACGAGAUCUCGCAACAAUACCACCAGUUGCAACACAAUGCGACUGCAUCAACUGCCGGUCAAACGGAGCAAAUUUAUGAGUUCAAAUUGAAUUUACUGCAACAUUCGAAUGACGACAUGCAAUUGAUCAUCCGGAAAAUCUUCGGUGGAGCUGCUUUGUGCGUUAUAUUCUGUUUGAGCCGACAAGAACACUCUACAAGUGUCAUUUUACCCGUAAGCGAAUUCAUCAGUGCCAAUGAAAUAUCGAAUGUCGACCAUAUUUUACAAAGUCCGCUGAAUUUCUUUCGAAAUGUUCGAAAAUUGAAUGAAACCAUCAAGCAAAAUCUGAUUUCACCAUCACGCAAUGUGGCAAUGUAUGAAAGUGCCUAUCCAAAUGCCGCAUUACAUGGAAUGCCCAAGGAAAUAUUGUGGACACUUUUCAGAUACCUACGAACUGAUUUGCAAACACUGCAACAAGUCUCGAAAACAUGCGUUUACUUGAGGAAUAUGGCAAUUUCAUUUCUGAACGAAUCAAACAUUCAACUGAGACAUCGCCGACCAACACCACUAAUCUACGAUAGAUCAAACCAAAUUGGUCAUCGUUCUCGAUAUCGCAUCUUCCAUGAAAUUCCAGGCGUUGGAUUGUUCCACGGAUAUAAACCGCAUUACUUUUGGAAUCGAUCACAUUUUCGAAUUUAAUUGCAAAAAUACUGAGUUUUCACUCAAAAUCCAGAAAUAUACCAUUUGAUUGAUUCUAUUAAAUUCGAAUGAUAACAUUGAUUUUGUAAGAAUGUGAUUGAGUAAAUAUGAAAGAUUGUAUUGUUUUGGAAAAAAAACAGACAGCUUUUCCCGAGCUUGACCUUUUUAGUAAAUAAAACGAUUAAGCAGAAGUUAUCAGGAACAGAGUUCGCAUUACAAAAUCGAGGAAAAGUGAGAGAAUAUCAUAAUUUAUACAUUAUAGCGGCAUACGAUACACAAUAUGUCAUUAUACAUGUAUGUACUUGUACCAGCUCAAUUUCUCCUUCGAAUACUCUAAAACAUAAACAAAAAAUACUCAAGUCAAUCCAACUCAGUUUGACGUUUUGUAUUUAAAUUUGGAAAUGUGAACAUUCGGAUAGAAAUCCAUCGCUAUCAAAUGAUGAAAUUGGUUUGAUUCACUGGUGCUUGCAAGGUAAUCAUACAAAAAUAUGACUAGAAUGAGAGCGGGUAAGACUUUGAAUGUGCUAAUAUAAUGUGAAUGUGGGAAUAAUCAAAUGAUUGUGUGGCAAUUAACAUUGUUUUUUUUUUCUUGCAGUUCACGAGUGUCUGUUUUGUCCACAAACAUUCGGCAGUGCCGUUGAGAAAGAUGAUCACACUUUGGAGCACUUUGCUCAAGAGACUUGCGCCGACUGCAAUCAAAACUUGAUUUGGUGGCGAUUUGUAUACACUACACAACGCGGUUACUUGUAUCAAAAGAGAAUUGAGAGCGGAGCAACAUUUCGAAUCGUGUUUCAUUGAGCAUCCGCUUGUACUAAAUAAACAACCGGAUGAAUGUAUUGGUAUUCAUUCCUCUAAAAACAGAAGUUGAGACUGAAGGUCUUCCAGGAGAGAAUGGCCUUUCACGUCGAGUGCCAGCAGAUCUACAUUCUUUGCUGAAUGAGUGUCAUCUGGAAUCGAAAAUUUCGCAGUCGAGUUACACAGAACCGAUAGUGAUUAAAGAAGAACGAUAUGACAUUGAAGGAAACCAACCGUUUGACGGUCAGUCAAAUUUUAUCGAAAUACAAGAACCAGGGCCACAUCAAUCAGUGGUUGGAACGAAACAGAAGAAUGAAAUUCUCAAAAAUGAACACUCUAUGACACAGUCCAGUUCAGAUAUCGAUCCGAAAGAGUGCACCGUUUGUGAAAUUGAAACAUAGACAAUCCUAUUUGAGACAUAUGCGACUGCAACAUCCAAUCUGUAUAAAAUUCAAAUCCCAUAUCGACCAAAUGCCGAAGAAAUCCACACCGCAAAAAUGCAGCGAAAGAACAAAUGAGAAAUGCGAUGAAUGUGAUAAUGAAUAUGCUUCAACAAGCACACACAUUUCGGGGCCAUAAAGUUCGCAUGCAUAGUGCAGUAGAAACAAUUUUUUGUCACCGUUGUGCCGCUGUAUUUUCAAGCGUUGAUGAAUUGCAAAUUCAUCAAGAUGAAUGCCGGUUGAAACAUAGACAGUAUCAACAACGGCAACGGAAGCGAAUACAAGAAAACCAGCACCAUAUCCGCAGAACAUUCGAGUGUUAUGUAUGCAAAAAUCGAAUGUACAAAACGAAACGAAAUCUGGAUAUGCACAUGCACAUGCAAUCGAAUCAUCCGACUCAAGAUGAUCACGAUGGAAAGCCAAUGUGCAAUAUUUGUGGUAAAUAUUUGUCGGGGAUUGCAGCACUGAGGUAUCACAUCGCCACACACACACACACACAUACACACAGGCGAAAGGCCGUUUCUUAAGUGUCUAUACGAAGGAUGUGAAAAACUAUUUAGACGCACAGGUAAUCGAGAUGCACAUGUGAGAGCUCAUACGAACCCCAAGCCACACUAUUGUACGAUCGACAAUUGCAAUGAAAGAUUUGUCCGUUCUGAAGGUCUUGAACGGAAUAAACUCGAAAUUCAUGGUAUACCAUUCACAGAAAAAUUUUCAUGUACAAUUGGUAAUGCAAUUUAUCCAACGAAAUAUAUCUAUUGAAAAAACACAUGCGAAAACAUAGCCAUAUAAGAUAAAUUUGUUUCUCGUGUAUUUAUGACUUAUUUGAUUUUGAAACAUGUAAUAGAAAAUAUUGUCUAUCACACACUACAAUGUCAUUUUGGUAAAUAAAAAAUUUAGCUGAUAAAUGGAAAAA